ACCUGAUCCGCAUAACCGCGACAUACCUGAGCCUGUUUGAGCGCGAAUUGAAAACUCAAAUUUUAUUAACACUUUUUUUUUUUGCAGAGUUUUCCUUAUUUAUGCUGUGACAUGUCAACCAACGAUCUAUCCUCGGAAAAGAUCGCCAAGGCAUUAAAAGGUGCUGGCCUCUCAGUCGAGCAGCGCAUUGUCACUGCAACCGAAGCAUGGUCCAACAACCAACUCUUUUUUCCAAACAAGGACGAUUUCUUGUUUGAAUGGCUUUGCACCGCCCUCGUCAAGACAAAAGUCAAAUCACCGGCCGAUUGUGCUGCAUUCCAAAUCGCAUACUGGCGUCUACUUCACCACUUGCUCGCUCACUAUACCGAUCGAGCGAACGAGACACAAAAACAACCACCUGCCAUUCGCGUACAACUGAUCACGGCAAUCACCGCACUUCUCGGUCACUUGAGCACUCUAUUGAAAUCGGACGACAAUGAAAACACCACAACGACAACGACGACGACGCCAGCAGCAGCCGAGAUAGUGGAUGAAUUUUUCGCUAGCGUCAAAUUACUUUUAUCACCUACGUUUGCGCUUUCGUAUCGACCCACGUUCGAACAAAUGUCUACUGCUGUAGAUCAACUGAUGGAUACUUUAUCCAUUGCCUUGGAGAAGCGCUCUCAUCAAAAGACAACAUUGAACGGACUCGCCCAAGUGGCAACGGUUCUAUUGAAACGAUACUCGACCCAGCUUGUCCAAACCGCCAAUCAGCGAAAAUCAUUUACCACCAUUGUCGAAAAGACGUUUGCAAAGUUCUUGUGCGUUCGUCGCCGUAUUGUGUCAGAUACAGAUGAUGCCGAAUUGGAUCCCUCUAGUGCUCAGGCCAUCAUCUCUGAAGAAAUCACAGAUAUCCUCGUCAAAGGUCUUUUUCAUCCGGAUGUGGUUUUUGAAUAUAUCUCCGUGCUCAAGGACAAUCAUCAUACGACUACCACAACAUCAACAACGAAUUCCAAAACUGCUUAUGUUUCGAAACUUUUUGAAGAGCUCUCUCGAUUAUUGGAGAACAAAGAUCAGAAAUGCGUAUUGGAUGCUUUGGAUGUGUUUCCAGUACUGUUUAGCAACUUUGUACAAGCGUUCCGGAAAAAGCGUGGCAAAGCGUCGCAGGAUAUGGACCGUCAAGUAGAAUUCGGAUUCUUUGCUGAAUGUCGAGCCUUGCUGGACAAGGUUGAACGAUCCUCUGCGUAUAUCCAGACCUUAUCUCAACUUUUGCAAGAAUUAGUCCAAUUGAACGUCUAUGUUGCUCGUAACGAUGAAUUGAGUCAGCAGCAAUAUGCCGCACUAGAAGAAAUUGCCCAAGUAAUGGUCACUCUUCUUCAAGAUCGAAGCAAAACUGCAUAUCAACGCUCAAUUCUCCAGUUGGCAGUCAUUGUCCUGAAGGUCGACUUUUCGCUUAUUGAAGGACGUAUUACGCUGAUAUGGCCGUACAUGUUGAACCCAGAGAAAGAGGCGGAGAACGAGUGUUUGGAUCUGGCCAUUGCUGUCCUGCAAACAUAUGCAGCAUCAAGACAGAUUGAUGCCUACGCAGACGAUCUGAUCAAUGCAUUGCAAGACCUUGCCUUUGAAGACGUGUAUACUGUUUUAGAGAAGCCGCUUUUCAGUAGACAAUUCAUGGACGAGCUUUCCGCUACAGUGAACAAGCAUAUGCCCGCUGCUCAAGCAUUAGGCAUCUUUGAACGACUCGCACAAGGAAUUCAAGAAUCCACAACAGCAACAUUCACUGCAGAACGUCCAGUAUCCAAAAAGCAAAAACACGGACACCAUCACGCUAUACCACGACACCGACCUACUGCACGCUUCAUAGCCAUUUUCCUAUCCCAGUUUAUCAACGCUGUCAAGCUCACGCAGCACCAAAGACAAGCGUUUGAACAACCAGCAAGGGCACUUUAUGAAAACUUUAUCAGACCGAGUCUGGAUAAGCAACAAGGAGGAGACGUCGCAGAAUCCAACAUCAUUCCGGCGCUACAAGUUCAUACGUCUUUGAUGAACACCAUGUCGGAUAUAUAUUGGGCAAAGUUGGAUCAAGCGAUGGGUGUUGAAUGGCUCGGUAAUACUCUGGAAUCUGUGUUUUUGGCAUAUGCGACAAGCAGUGAUCAUUCACAAAGCGAUCGAGUUGCCAUGGUUCAAAGUGCCAAUGCCCUUUUACAACAUGCAUACUAUGCAUAUGUGAUUGGAUCUACCAACGGUGCCGAUCCAUUAGCACCAGCAGCAUCAUCGCCACUCGUAUCCAGGGUAAACAGCGUGUUGGAUUAUGUCCUGAGUGAAACCGGGACCGCUGACUUUAAUGCAACAUGGAACGGAUCACUCCUGCAACUUACUGACAGCGGCGUUAAAAUCGCACUAUGGAAACUUUUGGCUGAUGAAUGGUUUGACGUGAUAUGCCAAUUUGCAGCGGGUGAACGUGGCAAAAAACUGACGUCUUUUGUCCUCCUCUCUUUGAUUGAAACUCCUUCAACGACAACGAUGGCUGAUAAUCUGACAUUGCGAUCUACAAGUGAAUUGUUGCUUCGAUCCGCUAACUUUUACGAGGCACAAUGCUUCAAGGAACACUCGUUGAGUGUCAUUUUGGACUCAUUUGCGUCGUUUUUUGCAUCCAAUGCGGACCCAAAGCUGGCAAAGUGCUAUGCAAACUUUAAAGAUUUCGGUUCAAGUGCCGACGAGCUAGCAAGUGUGGUAGCUUCAACAACACCUGGCAAACAUGCCACAACAGCAAAAACGACCCAUGUCAUUACAAAGGCACUGCGGUACCUGGAUCAACUCUUGUUAUUCCCAAUGGAAUACUAUACAAAGCAGGAGCGACAAAAUGUUGUCUGGCUGGUAUUUAUGGUGGAUGCCCUCGCUGGCACUAUGGCAGCAGUGGAACCCGAAACUCGAAGCAAAGCACAGCUCUUUUCUCGUACUUUGCUACUGAGAUUCUUUGCAGCAAGCAGUAAUGGCAAUAUAUUGGAAAUGAAUGCUGAUCUUUUGGGCUGGUUCCUUGCUACAACCACACAAGACCAUUUUUCAGAUGCUGUCAUGGAACGUACCAAGCAAUUAGAUAUCCUAGUGCUAAGAUCCUUAUUUUCGAUGAUCAUCUCAAAACGACUUAAAGCAAUGGAACUAUUCGAUCGUAUCUGCAAGAUGAGAAUAGAAUGGUUAAAGAAGGGUCAUCCAAAUGCCCAGGGUUGGAUCAUUGAUAUCGUUGAAACCAUCAACGAUUCCUUGCAGCGGCAUGCAUCGAAAGAUGACAUUGUCACCAAGAUCUCCGCGCAAGAGUUCAUGACCGAGCUAUCCCAAUAUGUGGUUCAAGCAUUGAAUGAAGCCAAAGCACGGAUAUCUACAACCGUUGAUCACGAGUCGGAACAGAUAUCAGUUGCUCCGAUCGAUACCUCUAUGCUGGUUUUGGUGUCACUGCUUCAAGAGUACGCACAGCUGCUUGGUCAGCGAGGUGAUGAGGUGGUUGGUAUCAGUGCUUUAUCUCGAGUCAUGGUUGGAUUGGCUUCGCCUUGUACGACACUGCUCCAGCGAUCGCUUCGUUCCUCGUCUUCUUUAGAUCGUAGCGCGAUCACAAAAAUGACAACCGCGUUUGUUGGUUCUCUCUGCAAAAUGCUAUCCCGCCACCAACAUGUAUAUGUCACUGAACGCGUGUUUGCAGUGAUAUGGUUUAUUUACUCUUUGGUGUAUGAUACUGAUGAACAAUGCGCACAAAGUCUCUGUCGUGCAUUUUCGUUAUGGGUCGCUAAACUGGAUAGCGAGCAAUUCACUGUAGUGACUCGGGGAUUCAUCGAACAGUCAAAUCGAUUAAUUACCCAAGCAACGGAAAAGGAUCGCAAGGUCUACCUCUCCUUGUUGUCUGAAAUGUUAAGUGGAUCAACGGAUGAACAAAAGUCGUGGCUGCGACGUUAUCUCCCAGCACUUGUGACCAAACUCUCUACCAUUAGCCGUCAGGCAGAGACAAUAGAGUUCAUACAACAAGCGUUGAAUUUCUUGACAACCCUCUCUGCCGAACAGUCGUUACGUACGAGCGCGUAUGACGUAUCAUUAAUUCUGGCCUGCUUGCUCCAAGUAACAAACCCACCACAUACCGAACGUUUCGAGCACGUCAGCAAAGAAACUGCACACGAAGUUUACCAUAGUACUUGCGACGUCCUUCAAAAUUUGCUACUAUACCAUCGCCAACAACUGGUCGACAUAAUGGCACCAUUUAUUGCGACGCUUCAAGCUUUACUUUACUGUUUCCGAUCACCUCAUCUUGCACUCGUGACGAAAAAGCGGAAACACGAAGAGACAACACAAAAGAAAUUUGCGCUGAUAUCGACUUGGGCACCAUUAGAAGUAUCAGCAGCGUAUCGAUUAGCACGUAUAUUCAGUACAAUGGCAAAGAAAUCAACUGGUGGUAAUAGCAGUAGCAGCAGCAGCAGUAAACAGCGUUCUUACACUGGAUUACAGCAAUACCGCAUUAUUUCAAGACACGCACCUUUCAUAUUGAUCGAGUACUUCACAAUCCAAUCCAACGUCACCAUUAGCAUUUCGCAGCCUCAAGUCAAGGCAAUGCUGGAAACUGGGUUGUACAAUUUGAUGGAUAUGACAAGUGAAAACGAUCGCAAUAUGGUGUUGGCUGGUUUGGAUGCUUCUGCCAAGUUGCUUUUCAAGAACUUUUACACCAGUUGGAAGGAGACUCAUAUGUACACUGGCCAGUAAUCGAGGCACUAGCUGUUUAUUAGCUGUAAUUAUUAUGUAACGUACUUAUACAAAAUCAUCAUUGAAUAAAAUAAGAUUCAUUAGUAUUUUUUUUUUCAUUACGACUCCACUUUCAACACACAGCCAUCAUUGCAAAAAUUUAGAGAGUGCAUUAAAAUAUCUUCAAUACUGGGAAAUAGAUAAAGUC